AUGGCAGCUUCAGGAGCAAUCCUUCUUGUUUUUGCCUCAGUCCUCACAUCUGUGACAAGAUGUGAAGGUAGUUAUAGACUGGGAAAAGGCAGUUCUCCUCUGCUGUUUACACACCACCUCUACAACGCUGCCAUCAACGAGAACUCGGCCCCGCGGAUGUACGUUGAGACGCAGGUGAAGAUGGGCAUUGAAGUGACAGAUCCACUGUGGGACAUCAAGUACAACAUCGUCUCAGGUGACGACGACAGCUUCUUCAAAGCAGAGGCAGUCAAAGUCGGAAAUUUCUGCUUUCUCAGGAUCAAGACGCGUAGCAGCAACUCGGCUCUCCUCAACAGGGAGGUCCGAGACUCGUACACUCUCACUGUGGAGGCAAAGGAAAGCACUUUUGGCUUCGAGGCAAUGACGAAGGUCUUCGUCCAGGUGCUUGACACCAACGACUUAAAGCCUCUCUUCUACCCGGCAUCGUACAAUGUGGCCAUCAGGGAGGAUGCUCCUCUAAAGUCAAGUGUCACCAAAGUCAGCGCUACAGACGCCGACAUUGGGAGCAACGCUGAGUUUUAUUAUUCGUUCACCAGCAGAGCUCAUCCGUUUGUUGUUGACCCUUUCACAGGCACGGUGAGCCUCAUCAAGAGGCUCAAUCACACUCGCGCACAGCGCUACGACCUCACCGUAUUAGCAGAGGACAGGACAAAAAAGAUAUCCGGUGUUCAGAAAUUUGGGAAUGUCGCCAGGGUCACAGUAAACAUACAAAAGAUGGCCAUAGCAUCUCCAGUUAUCACACCGCCCCCUGAAGCUACAGUGUCUGCAGACGGAAAAAUAAAUAUCAAUGUCCAUGUGGAGGAAGGAGUUAAGCCAGUGGAAUCCCUCCAUAUCAUUGGAGGGGAUCCCCACAAGUGGUUUGAGGUAAUCCCCUCAGGUGUGCAGGGCAGUGACUUCCAAGUGAUCUCUACAAAGAGGAUUAUCUGGUCUCAGACUCAUUUUGGGUUGAAUCUUUCACUGCAAGCUAAAGACAGGAGCUUGCCAAGUUUCCUCUCUCCAAUCACACAAAUCCACAUUCCAGCCUAUCAUUACAGCCCACUGGCAUUUUUGGAGGACACCUACAUUGUGACUCUGAGUGAGUUUUCACCCCCACAGACUCAUGUACUUAAGGUUUCUGUCAACUCAGUUCCCUUUAACGUUACCUUUAGUAUCAAGAACAAUCCAGACACCUCUAACUUUAAGAUCAAUCCUAAAACUGGGAUUAUCAUAACUACAGGGAAAUUUGAUUAUGAGAGGAAAGAUCGAUAUGAGUUUGAUGUAAUGGCCAAUCACGGUGAAGCUGAAACUCACAUCGUGGUGGAGAUAACGGAUGAAAACGACAACAGCCCAGAGUUCACACAGACAUCCUAUCAGGCCACGCUGGAUGAAAACAGCCCUGUUGGCAGCAACGUGUUGAAAUUAGCAGCUUUAGACAAAGACAAAGGCAAAAACGGCUUUGUGACUUACGCGAUUGCAAAUUCAGGCCCUUUGCCUUUUACAAUAGAUCCGUUCACGGGCAUCAUCUCUACCUCCGAACACUUGGACUACGAACUGAUGAAACGGCGGUAUCACCUGAGAGUUUGGGCGUCGGACAGCGGUGGCCCCUUCAGUCAGGUCAGCGAAAGCCCUGUGACAAUAACUCUGAACAACAUCAACGAUAACAUCCCUCUGUUCGAGCAGGUGGGCUGCAAUGUUACUGUACCUCUGGAUUUACCUGUGGGACAUGAAGUCGCCAAGCUGUCAGCUAUUGAUUUAGAUGAGCUGCAGCAGCUGAGGUAUGUCAUCGAGUCAGGGAACGAGCUCCAAGUGUUUGGGAUCAACUCUGUGACUGGAGUCAUUGCCCUGAAACAACCUAUCCCUCUGCUGCAGGGUUCAUUCACUCUGAGAGUUGUAGCCACUGAUGGGAAGCAUCACUCUGAAGCAUCGGUUGUCAGGAUAACCAUUACUAACCGAGGUGAAGAUCCAACGCUGCACUGCAAGGAAACGGGCAUUGCCAAACAGGUCACAGAUAAACUAAUCGAGUCAAUCAAACCCAUUUUAAUCAAUCAAGAGGAGGACACAUUCUCAGAUAUCCACAUCACCAAUCGACAUUCUCCCAAGUUUGACACAAGCAUUCCCAGUUCGAUUGAUCUCGUUGAGAACCAUCCAUUAAAUUCAACCAUUGUUCAGUUCAAAGCAACAGACAACGACUCUGGGUUUAAUAGUAAGCUUGUGUACGCCAUAUCGAGUGGGAAUGAAGAUGGCUGUUUCUCCAUUGAUACGUUCUCUGGUGAUCUUCGGCUAGUUUGUCCACUUGACAGAGAGAGUAAGGGGUUCUACAUUUUGAACAUCACUGUUUAUGACUUGGGAAUACCGCAAACUUCUGCGUGGAAAUUCAUUGCCGUCAACGUCAUGGAUGUCAAUGACAAUCCUCCUGUUUUCGAUCAGCCCAGGUACGUGAUCCACGUGCCUGAAAACAAAGAGGUGAAUUCGGUUAUUUUUACAUGUCACGCAGCAGACCUGGACUCAGAUAUGAGCAGUAAAGUCCAGUAUUCCCUCCUGACAACGACUGACAUGUUCAGGAUGGAUGAAUUCACCGGCGAGCUGAUUGUGACGGGUAGACUGGAUCGAGAAAGCUCACCCAGGCACGAUCUCCUGAUUGAAGCAAGAGACCAGGCUACAGUCGGCCCUCAGCUGUUCUCCACUGUCAACCUGGUGGUGAUUUUGCAGGAUAUAAAUGACAACCCACCCAAAUUUGUGCCCAAAGUGCACAAAAUAAAAGUUCCAGAAGAUGUUCCUGUGGGCACGCUGCUUGUCUGGGUGGACAGCAUUGACUUGGAUCUGGGCAGUGGAGGCCUUGUCACCUAUAACCUCAAAAACACAGAGAGCGGGAUCUUCCAUCUCGACUCCUCCACCGGCGCCCUUACCCUCGAGAGAGAGCUGGACUUUGAGAGGCGGCCAUCUUACAAUCUCACGGUCUGGGCAGUCGACCACGGCCUCCCUCGCUCCUUGUCAUCAUCCUGCUUCGUGGAGAUCGAGGUUCUGGAUGUCAAUGAGAACCUCCACCGGCCGGUGUUCUCAGAGUUCGUCUAUGAAGCUCUGGUAAAGGAGGACUCAGCCGUAGGGACAUCUGUGGUAACUCUCACAGCUUCAGACAAAGACCUGGGCAGAGACGGGGUUGUCAGGUACCACAUCCAUGAUGGCUCUGGCUUAGGAGUGUUCACCAUUGAUGAGGAAACAGGUGUGAUUCGUAUGACAGAGAUGCUGGACCGCGAGACGGCGCCUCAUUACUGGCUCUCCGUCUACGCCACUGAUCUGGGGACUGAGCCUCUGAUCACCUGGACUCACGUCUUCAUCGAGGUCCUGGACAUUAAUGACAAUGCUCCCGAACUUUCCCAGCCGAUGUAUUUUGCAUCUGUCCCAGAGAACGUGGACACGGUCGAAUCCGUCAUCCAGGUGUCGGCCACAGAUGUGGACACGUCCUCUGAGGGGAAGCUUUCCUUCCAGAUGCUGGAAUCUCACCGAUUGCACUUUGACAUUGAUCCUAAGACAGGUGUUAUCAGCACUGUCUCAGCUUUGGAUCGAGAGGAUAAACCAGAGCACAGUAUUGAGGUUAUCGUGUCAGAUAACGGAUCUCCGGCUCUGAGCUCCACCGCCACCGUUGUGAUCCAGGUUCUAGAUGCCAACGACAACCCUCCCAAGUUCAUGGAAAAACGUUUCGACGUCAAGCUGCCUGAACGGCGUCACGACAGUGGCAAACAGGAAGUCUGCAGGAUACUGGCUCAGGAUAACGAUGAGGGCCCGAACGCGGCAGUAACCUACAGUCUGCAGGAAAACGUGGACGAGCAGUUUGAGAUCGACCCAGUGACGGGCGUGGUCACAUCGCACGGUGACUUCUUGCCCGAAAGCUACAAUAUUCUCACGGUUAAAGCUACAGACCAGGGCAGCCCGUCCUAUUCAUCCACCGCUCGACUCAACAUCGAGUGGAUCGCCCUCCCGCCUGCCUCUGCGGAACCAAUUGUGUUCGUCGAGCCACACAUCAACUUCGCUGUCAUAGAAACAGACCGCGUCGCUCAGAUGGUGGGCGUCAUCUUGACGGAGCCGCAUCGGGAGAAGUGGUUCGAUAUCGUGGGUGGGGAUGAGGAAAAAGACUUUGACAUCCAGAAGAACACUGGGAGGCUCUCCAUCGCCCGCCAGCUCGAUGCGGCGCGGCGCUCCAUCUACAACCUGACGGUGCGGGUCACCGACGGGCACCACAGCGCCAUCACACAGGUCUACGUCCAGGUGCUGAACAUCAAUGAGCAUCGGCCCGUCUUCCUGGAGCCGCUGUACGAGGUGAGGGUUCCUGAGGACACCUCCCCGUGGAAGGACAUCCUGCAGAUCAGUGCUCAGGACGGCGACACCAACAGCAAGCUGGUUUACUCCAUCCACAGCAGCGUCCACCCAGACAGCACCAAGCUCUUCCACCUGGACCCGAAGAGCGGAGUGCUGGUGAUGACGGAGGAGCUGGACUACGAGAAGAUCGCCGUUCAUACGCUCACCGUCAUGGUGCGUGACCAGGGGAUACCAGUGAAGAGGAACUUUGCAAAGGUGGUGGUUCACGUGGAGGACUGCAACGACCACUCGCCAGCUUUCCUCAGCCCCCGCUAUGAGGUCGGUGUCUCUAACCUGGCCCCCGCGGGCACUGAGGUCCUCCGGGUCAAGGCCCUAGACAAGGACAUGGGAAGCAACGCCCACAUCAGCUACUCGCUGCACUCUGGUAACAUCGACAACGUUUUCAACAUAGAUCCAGACCUGGGAUCCGUAAGCGUCUCCAAAUCUUUGGAUCUGCAGCCUCAGGACCUGUUCCACCUGACUGUGAAGGCCACAGAUCAGGGUUUCCCUCAGCGCAGCGACCUCUGCUCUGUCCACAUCCACGUCCGGGUCUCUGAACAAACCUCGCCCACUUUCCCCUCAGAUGAUUACCUGACGGAGAUCAGCGAGCUGAGCGCCGUUGGUACUCCCGUUGUCACCGUGUCAGCCUCGAGCCCAGCUGCGGUGCAUUAUGAUAUAGAAAGUGGUAACCGGAACGGAACAUUUUACAUCAACUCCUACACGGGGUUGAUUUCCACACAGGGGCGCCUCGAUUAUGAGACCUGCGAUUCGUACAAGCUGAGAGUUACAGCUUCCACCACAGCUGGAGCCAUGUCCAGGACGGUCGUUCACAUCUACGUGGUUGAUGAGAAUGAUAACGCUCCUGUGUUUGAGCAGAGGGACUACCAGGGGCAAAUAGGUGAGUCCGCUCACAUAAACAGCAUGGUGAUGGGAGAAAGAAACACCCCCCUGGUCAUUCGGGCCUCAGAUUCAGAUAGAGAUUCAAAUUCCUUGCUUACUUAUCAAAUCCUCGAACCAGAGGCCCUGAAAGUCUUUAGAAUAGACUCGAGUAUGGGCACCAUCUCCUUAAUUUCACCGCUGGACUUUGAAGCCAAGGCUGAGUAUCACUUCACGGUACAGGUGAAGGACUCAGGGGAGCCAUCGCUGUACGCGGCAGAGCCGGCCAAGGUCACUGUUCGCAUCCUGGACCUGAAUGACUGCCCACCACAAUUCACUGCCUCUGCGUACGAGUCAUCCAUCAUCCUCCCAGCUGUCAGAGAUGCACAGGUGGUGCGCAUCACAGCUCAUGAUGCUGACUCAGCGGUGUCAUACAGCAUCACCGAGGGAAAUCUUCAUAAUGCCUUUUCAAUUCACCCCAAUACCGGACUCAUCACUGUGAACAAUGUGUCUGACUUCAGGCCGUUUUAUCAGCUGCGUGUCAAAGCCUUUGACGGCCUCUACAGAGAUUUAGCUACUGUCAACGUAAGCGUAACAAACCUAACAGAGAGUGACCUCAGAUUUGAGCACAAAGCCUAUUCAACGAGCGUUUCUGAAAACAUAAAGACUGUCAAAACUUUAGCAGUGCUCAAAGUCACAGGAUGCUUUUUAAACGAACCUCUUUUAUACUCUGUCCUAAACCCUGCAGGCAGGUUCACAAUCUGCCCAACUGCAGGCCUACUCGAAACCACAGGAGUCCCUUUUGACCGGGAAGAACAAGACGUUUAUGACGUUGUGGUUAAAGUGCAGGACAUGAGAACCCCACCGAGAACAGCCAUCACCAAGGUGAAGGUUUUCAUAGAUGAUGUCAAUGACAACUCGCCACAGUUUUUAAACUUGCCUUUUUCAAUGAUGAUUUCCGAAGACGCUGAACCAGGAGAUGUUUUGUAUCAAGUGACCGCCAUCGACAGAGAUCUGGGAGAAAACGGAGCCAUCAUGUACACUCUGGAGGAAGACUACGGCCUCUUCAGAAUAGAUCCAGACAUUGGCGACGUGUCCCUUCAAAGACCUCUGGAUUUUAAUGCCCUGAAUAAGUACGUACUAACGGUGUCAGCUAUAGAUGAGGGCGAGCCCAGUCACAGCACCAUGGCUCAGCUCAGCAUUCAGGUGAGGAAUCGAACCAAUCCAGUCUUCCAGACUCUUCUGUAUCCGCUAAAAGUCCCUGAAGAUGUGCCCCCAUUCACCACCAUCCUGCACGUCCAGGCAAGGAACCCCGAGGGUUACAGGCUCAUCUACAAUCUUGAAGAGGAAAACGCUUCAAAACACUUUCACAUUGAUUUCAAAACUGGCGUGCUGACUGUCACCAACCCCCUCGACUAUGAGAGCCAGACCAUGCAUGUGCUGACAGUCAGAGCUACUGACUCAGUGACCGGAGCUUUCUCAGAGGCCUCGAUUGAAAUAGAAGUGGAGGAUGUCAAUGAUAAUGCCCCGGUUUUCUCUAAGCUAAUGCACAAUGUGAAUAUCGCGGAGGGGCUCCCAGUUGACACCUCUGUGAUCAAGCUUUCUGCCUCUGAUAAAGACUCUGGUAGAAAUAAAGAUUUGACCUUCCAGAUGGUGAAAACACAUGGGGAUGAGAGUGAUUUCUUUGAAAUAAACCCUCAGACUGGGUUGAUUGUUACAAAACAGGUGCUGGAUUAUGAAAGCAGGAAACAUUUUAAUUUAAAAAUCAAAGCCACAGACAAUGGGACCAUCCCUCUCAGCAGCGAGACUUUUGUGACUAUAAAUGUCACCGAUGUCAACGAUAACCCUCCGGACUUUGACAGCUCCCGGUAUAAAGCCACACUUGAUGAAAUGGCAAAGUGUGGCCACAUUGUCAUCAAAAUCCAGGCUUCAGACCCCGACACUGGUGACCUGAAUAACCUUAACUACAAAAUCCUCUCAGGGAAUGAAGGCCGGUACUUCAAUAUAAACGAAUCCUCGGGGAUCAUCUCCUUUUCUAAUGUCUGCAGGAGGAAUCUGGAUCCUCACUAUAACCUGACUGUGGCGGUGUCUGAUGGCGUCUUUCAGAAAACUGCCCCCGUCAGUAUCGAUAUGAUAAACAGCAACAGGCACAAUCCAUACUUCAAGCAGAGCGUCUAUGAAGCAGAGCUGGCUGAAAAUGCAGAGGCGGGAACUCGCGUGAUCCGGCUAGCUGCCAUCGACCCAGAUGACGGGCCGUACGGUAGCGUUGACUACACCAUCAUAAACAAACUUGCUGAUGAGAAAUUUGCAAUCAGCAAAGAUGGGCAGAUUGUCACAACUCAGCCACUGGACAGAGAAAACCCCUCCCAGAGGGUCAUAGCAAUCAAAGUCAUGGCUAAAGAUGGAGGCGGUAAAGUGGCGUUUUGCACUGUCAAGAUUAUCCUUACAGACGAGAAUGAUAACGUACCUCAGUUCAAAGCAUCUGAAUACCAGGUUUCAAUCCAGUCGACAGUUAAUAAAGGCUCCCCAGUCAUUCAAAUCAUGGCUUAUGACGCAGAUGAUGGCAAAAAUGCAGACGUCACCUACCUGGUGGAUGAAGCGGAAGAAGUGACCGAAGACAUUAUUGAGAUAAACCCUUUCACCGGAGUUGUGAGUGUCAAAGAGAGCCUUGUGGGCAUGGAGAACAAGAUCUUCAACUUUAAAGUCAAGGCUCGUGAUGGCAGCCUUCCUUUUUAUAACUCCACAGUCCCCGUCCAGGUGAAGGUUGUCCCGCCAGAGGUUCCUCUUCCAAAGUUCUCCGAGCCGCUUUACACCUUCUCGGCUGCAGAGGACAUUCCCAUAGGGACGGAAAUUGGCGCUGUGAGGGCGGACUCCGACAUGCCCCUCAUUUACAGCCUGGUGAAUGGGAACACCGUUGAAAGCAACAAAGACAAAGUGUUCAGCUUGGACCAGGAAAGUGGAACUUUGUUGUUGCAGAAGAGCAUUGACCACGAAAAGACAAAGUGGUACCAGAUAGACGUGAUCGCUCAGGGGAAUCACAACGGGACGGACGUGGCAUCUUUGGUUUCUGUCAGCAUCCAAGUCCAGGAUGUCAACGACAACCAGCCAGUGUUUGAUGCAAGUCCAUACAGAGCUUUCCUGGCUGAAAACAUGCCUGCUGGAACCAUUGUUAUUCAGGUAACGGCCAACGACCCGGACACAGACACCAAUGGUGUGGUGACCUACACCUUGGAGCCGCUGCCCGAUGACACUGCGUUGGACAUUACUGAGGUGUUCUCCAUCGACGGGGAGAGCGGCUGGAUCACCACGCUGCGGGAGACCGACUGCGAGGCGACCAGGGUGUACAGGUUCAACGUGGUCGCCACUGACCAUGGCGGCAACGCAAAACUGUCAUCCAGCGUCCUGGUGGAGGUGAUGGUGACGGACGAGAACGACAACCCGCCAAAGUUCACAGAGGAAGUGUACCGCGGCUCGGUGGUGGAGAACAGCACUCCCUACGAACCCAUUGUCUACAUGACGACCACGGACGCUGAUGUGUCGCUGGAGAACCGCCUCAUCACGUGUUACAUCACAGCCGGAGACCCGCUGGGCCAGUUCGCCAUCGUGCAGGUGGACGAGGGCCAGUGGGGUUUGAUUGUGAAGGAGAGUCUGGACCGAGAGGCCAGAGACAGAUACGCCUUGAGAGUCACGGCCACCGACGGCAAGUUUGAGGCUCCCAUCAGCGUGGACGUCCAUGUGCUGGACAUCAAUGACAACAGCCCGCUGUGUGAGCAGCUGGUGUACAAAGAGGUGGUGAUGGAAAACUCGCCCUCCAGCGUGUUUGUGCUCAAGGUUUCAGCUUCCGAUCCAGACGUGGGCACUAAUGGCCAGAUCUCCUACACCCUCCACGGGCCAGAUGCCGACAAGUUCCACCUGGAACACAGGACAGGUGAGCUCUUCACGCUGGCCGUGCUGGACCGUGAGAGGAACGUGGAGUUCAACCUGGUGGCGAAGGCGACGGAUGGCGGGGGUCGAUCCUGUCAGGCCGACAUCCUGCUGAUGGUCCAGGACAUGAACGACAACCCGCCCCGCUUCUCGUCCAGCCACUACGAGGUCACCGUGUUCGACAACACCACGGUCCGCACGCCGGUCGCUGUGGUGUAUGCCAAGGACCCCGACACAGGUAUAAACUCCGAGGUGAAGUACUCCCUCCUGUCCGGCGAUGACAGCUACUUCUCUCUGGACGAGUUUUCUGGGAUCCUGCGGCUGGAACGACCUCUGAACCCUGAAACUCCGACCACAUUCGAGCUAAAGGUGAAGGCCACCGACCGCGGCCUGCCUCGUCACCUCCACUCUGUUGCCACGGUGACAGUGGAUGUGGUCUCUCUGGACGACUACCAGCCCGUCUUCCUGAGCUCCGAGUACACCGCCCAGCUCCCAGAGUCCUCGGCGGUCGGGUCGGAGGUGCUGAGCGUGUCUGCGCUCACCAGAGACAGCAGCUCCCCGGAUCCCAUCAUGUACCGUAUCAUCUCUGGGAACGAGGACGGCCGCUUCCAGCUGGACUCACGAACAGGCCUCGUGACCCUCGUGGCCCCGCUGGAUUUCGAGUUUUCCCGGGAGUACUACCUGUCUGUGGAGGGGAGCCGUGGGAAGUCGCCACUCAGUGACAUGACCACGGUCAUCAUUAACGUGACAGACGUGAACGACAACCCGCCGGUGUUCAGGCGCAGUGACUACAGUGCCGAGGUGUCGGAGGAUCUGACACCUGGGCGCCUAGUGAUGAAGGUAACUGCCACAGAUGAGGAUGGCCCAGUCAAUAACCUGCUGCGCUACUCGAUUGUGAGCGGCGACCUUCUGCAGCAGUUCUCCAUCGACGCUCGCAGCGGUGACAUCACUGUCCGCACUGCGCUGGACAGAGAGGAGAUCCCUCACUACUCCCUAACGGUGCAGGCAGCAGACGAAGGCAGCCCGCCUCUGUCCUCGGCCGUCCUCGUCGCCGUCACCGUCACCGACGUCAACGACAACCCGCCCGUCUUCUCUCAGGUCAACCACAGUCUGCUGCUGCAGGAGGGCGAGGCGGUCGGCAGCAGCAUCCUCCAGCUGGUGGUGACGGACAAAGACACCCCAAGGAACGGCCCGCCUUUCUCCUUCCACAUUGUCAGCGGGAACGAGGACCGCCGUUUCCAUGUGGACCAGGGCGGCCUGCUGUCGCUCUCUGCUCCGCUCAGGAAGAAGGUGAAAGCUCACCAUCAGCUCAAGAUACAGGUGACAGACAGCGGCCACCCUCCCCUGUCCUCCAUCUGCGUGGUCAACAUCAAUGUCACCGAGGAGAGCAAGUAUCCUCCGUCUGUGGUGCCGCUUGAGGUCUCCAUCACCACCUCCGGAGGUCUGUUUGCAAACCGGGUUGUCGGCAGACUCCACGCCUCAGACCAAGAUGUGCAGGACGUCCUGACCUACAGCCUGGUGUCGCAGAGUCCCGACGACAGGAGCUUCUCCAUAGACCGGGCUGACGGCAAAAUCUGGGCAGACGAACACCUGGAGGAGGGCUCAUACGCACUCAAUGUCAGCGUGAGCGACGGGAAGUUCACCGUCUGGACCGGGGUCAAAGUUCACGUAUGGGUGGCCACUCAGCAAGCGUUGGACUCUGGACUGACGCUGCAGCUGGUCGGGAUGUCGCCGGAGGAAUUCCUGGGCGAUCACUGGAGAGGCCUCCAGCGCAGCCUGGGACAAGAGCUGGAUCUCCCCCGGCAGGAGCUCCACCUGGCCAGCCUACAGCAGCGGCCUGACCCCCGGGCCCUGGAGGCCCUGCUCAUCUGGAGGCCUCAGGGCGGCCCCGUUCGGCCCCUGCCCACCAGCAGGCUCGCAGGCAUUAUAUCGGACAUCGAGGACUCUCUGGGCCUCAGCAUCCUCAGGGUGAGUCACAAUGGCUGUCUGGGCAGCGGCUGCCCUCCGCGAGGCUGCAGGAACUCCGUGCGGCUGUCGGGAGAGAGGCUGGGCCAUUUCACCACCGCCAGAGCUGCUUACAUCACCCCGCAGCACACCUGGGAGAGCGCCUGCCCCUGCAACGAGUCGGCGCUGAGGUUUGACAGUAGGUCCUACCUGAGGUACCUUCACCGUAAGGACGAGGACAACCAGGACUUCAAACUGUCACUGAGGUUCAAGACGAUCGAGAAGCAGGGCGUCAUUGUGUCCACCAACAGCAGCACCGGCUGGGGAGCUUUACAGUUGACCGGCGGAGACCUGCUCUUCAGGUACAGAUGUGGAACCGCCACCCCUGGCUCACUGCUGAUUGGCUCUCAUAUGGUGUCGGAUGGCCGCUGGCACAGCGUCCUGCUGGAGGUCAACUCCUCCUCGCUGAGGCUGACCCUGGACGGGCAGCAUCCGGCGUCCGCCUCCUCAGUUGAGCCGUGCCGGAUGCUGCGCUCCCAUGGAGCAUUGCUCUUUGGUUCUCCUCCAGAGCUCCACCAACAGCCACAUAAUUUCAGCGGCUGCCUUGAGGGCCUGGAGCUCAAUGGGGAACCAAUCAGAACAGGCGACUCGGCGGAGUGGAGGGGGUCAGGGAGCAGGAGGGUGUUUGGGGUGUACCAGUGCUGCAGCAGGGGAGGAGCCUGCGACAGCAGCCCUUGCAAGAACGGAGGUGUCUGUGAGGAGGACGCCACGGGGGAGCCGCGCUGCAGGUGUGCAGGACUCUUCCACGGCGCCCGAUGCGAGCUGACCGACAACCCAUGCGCCUCCCAGCCGUGCACCCACGGCAGGGUGUGCAUGCCCAUGGAUCAAGGUUACCUGUGCAACUGCUCGCGUGAGAACCCUGACGCAAGGUGCCAGGACACAGGCUGUUCACCCAACGUGUGUCCUCAAGGGUUCGGCUGUAAAGUCACUAAUGGUGCCAUCUACUGCGAGCCGCUGCCUCUGGUCAAUCCAUCGUUUGGAUACGUGGAGAUCAUACAGAUUGGUGCCGGUGUGCUCGGAUUAGUCUUCUUGGUCGGCGUCUUUGUUUGCAUCAGGAAACGACAUGUUCAGCAGAAGAAGAAAAAACCCGUCUGCGUCCAGGACUCCAACGGGUACUUACAGUCCAGUCUGGCCAAGAGCCUCAAAGCAAACUCCCAGGAAGUCAACCCCAUUGAGAUGAGCUCGCUGGUUGGUCCAACCAAUGACCUCGACCACACACCGUUCAGAUCGCUACGUCCACGCAGCCAGAUCGGUUCGUCGGUGGGUGGGUCUCCAAAGACGCAGGGGCCGGUCGUGUGCAGCGUUGCUCCCAACCUUCCUGUCAGGCCGCCAUCGAGCUCUGAUAAUGACUCCAUCAGGAAGAACCACUGGGACCUGGACUAUGAGGUCUACCCCGCGGACCCGGACUAUUACGGCCGUCCGGCGGUCCAGGAUUUCCCUCAGUUUGACAUCGUAGAAGACACCUACUCCACCUCCACCAUGGACUCCCGCAGGAACUCUCGGUUUGGUGGCUUCCCGUUCCCGCUGGACCGCUGCGACCGCCGCGCACCCCUGCCGCCGUGCUACAGCAACCAGAACCUGGAUGACUUCCUGGGUCCAGACGGUCUUCCUCUUCCGAGCUCUCAGUGCCCCAACGAGUACACCGCCAUUAGCUACUACCCGACCCAGCACACCCGCAGCCUCGACAACGUCACGGGCUACAAGAGACUCAGCAUGCGCCUCAGCGUCGCUAUGCCCUCAUACGCUGAGCAGGCCAGCCCGCCGCCGGCGCCGAUCCUGAACCAGGCCCAGCCUCAAACCCGACCAGCAGGACAGAACCCACGCAGCUGCGACGGCUCCAGCAUGGUGGAGAGUGACUACGGGAGCUGCGAGGAGGUGAUGUUUUAAGAUGGUGACGUGUGGGCGUGGUCCUCACACGGCGAUCAGAAGAGAUCAGAUCUCUUCGUCGCUCUGUGGGAGAUGAUCACAGCAUGUGGAACGAUUCUUCACACACCUCUGAUUUGUUAGACUCUUUAAAGUGUUGCAGUCUUGCUGUGCCAGAUUAGACAGAGCAUCUCAGGAUGGCUCGCUCACCUCCGCAGAACAAGUUCAGCACAAGUUCAUCUUCUGUUGUUGGGACACCACCCAGGGUGCUCGCUGUCUCGACAGGGCUGUGAAAUCAUGGACAGUAUUACCCAGCGGGCUGUGAACUGCUCAGACUUUUGAAAGCUUCAAAGCGGGAAAGUCUGCCUCUCUGCACUCCGAACACACCUCCCACAUUUCACCGUUCACACGCACUCGUCUGAUCAGCCACACAGCUGGAGCUGUGCUGAACACUGUGCACAUCCUGCUGGGUGUGUUCGCUCAUAUCCGCUCCUAAAAGCGCAGAAACAGGUUUAUGGUACGUCUAAGGAUUUCAAAUCUCAGCGUAUUAAAGCACAUUUCAUACAGGAGAAAGGUGUCGGUGUUUGUUGUUAGCAUUCAGAGGGCUGGAUCCUCGUUAGAAACAUGAAAGCAAUAAAAAAGUGACGUUAUUGUGAAGUGGACUUUGUAUUUUUAGCUGUAAGAACUCUGUAAACAUCUCUUUGUGGAUUUUAAUGAGUGAAUUUGAUGACAGUAUUUUCCGUGUUUGUGUAUCGCUGCCCUGCAUGAUAAAGGGAACUGUGCAGCAGGAGAGAAUCGUCCAUGCAGCCAUUUUAAAAGGAUUGAAUGAGCAGAGAAGCUCGGAGUGCAGGAUGCAGCGUUUUUAUAAGUGACUGUUAGAUAGUGAAGAGUCGAUGUUUAGUUUCGUUUUGUCAAAUCAACUGUUUGACCUUUUUUUUUUUCCAAAGAACUGAGCAGAGACGACUUGUUUCUAAUAACACAUAGAUCUGGUCAUUUCAUUGUCAAACUCCCUCCUGCCAAAUUACGUCUGCAGCAGGUUAUGAUCUGAACUGCAGGAAAUUACAGAGGAAUAUUUGGAUGUGAGCAGCUUCAGUUGAAAGCUGAAAUAUGUUCAUUGUGACUCACAGACUGGUCGUUUCAGUGUUUCUGCUUAGUUUUCUGGAUCCACUCUGUGGUAGCCGUGGCACUUUGUGAAGAUAAAACUCUCAGGAUUCACACUGUCCUCCCGCUACCUGCUGGCGCACCGACCAAUGCUUUGAGUCCCAAAACUCUUCAGUGGUCAUCUUCAGCCUCUCCAGCUUUUAUCAGCUCUGUGCAGUGUGUCUGUAAGCUCAGGUUUUAAAAACUCACAGUGUACCUACAGCCCACGGGGAGCUCAUGGUGUCCCGGAGACCAAAUAUUUGAAGGCUUCAGAAAAGGCGAGCUUACUUUGUUGCGACAGCUGGAAGAAGAUCCUCAUGAAUCAUUUUAUUGGAGCUGAAAGAAUCUGGAUCGUUUGUUUGAUUUCAGGGAUGGAAGGACAGAGUAGAGCAGGUUAAACAAUGUCCAAGCCUGAAGUUUUUUCAAUGAGCUCCUCCAGGCGGUUUGUGGAUUCCAGGACAGAAGAUCAGAUCUGGGACACUGAGUCGAUCUGGCUGCUGUUUGGUCAGUUCAUGUUUCUGUAAACGACAAAGCGCCGGCUGAGUAUGAGCGCUGUGUUUACCGCUGCCUCCAAAACGUGCCAAGGCUGCAAAUGUAAAAAUCAAAGCCUGCAUAAGCGGCGUAUGUGGUGAGCUCUCGGAGGCUGGGGAGAUAAACAGUGCACGAGAGCAGCACUUGUACUGGAACACGGCAUUUGUAGUAACGUGAAGGCGUUAGCAGACGGUGAUUCGGGCAGGGCUGGUUCUUAAUGUCCUGACUGUCCAAUCUGUCCCAUCUGGCACCACGAUGUGCCAAAUCAAAGCACGCACACUCCACAUAUGAUUACAUAUUACUCCUGCUGAGCUUUGGCUUUUGGAAGAAUUCGGGUUGAAACAGAGACAUGGCUACCACAGUGUGAUUGUCUCAUACUUUUGUUUAUGUUACGCACAAAGACAAGGGCGACCUGAGGGCCAGCCGUGUCUAAGGCUGAGGAUGUUUGUGUAGAUGUGUUGUGGACACGAUCCUUCUCUCACUGGUGGUUCCACUGUGAGCUCUUUCCCUUUGUUUCGAGUCCUUUGUACAAAAGAGAUCCCAUAAUCUGCUCGUGUCGUGCUGUACAGUCUGUGCCUGUGUGUUGCUGUGCUGAAUAUGAAUCACUUGAAUGUAUUGACAUGUGUUGUUUGUAUUCAUUUCAUCCAUAAAGUUUAUUUUUGUACCAAUGUGGGCAUCCCCAUGUUUUGCCCUGAUGUUUUUCUCUGAGAGAUUUUAUUAAGAUACUGUCUGUCCAUUUGUUUUCCAAUAUUGU